CUGAGUGAGAGGUGAGGGAACAUAAGAAAUUAGAGAGCCUGGAUGGCACUGCAGCCCCACUUGGAUUUAGCCUGGGGGUCAACAAGUUAAAUAGCCACUUGUCCUGUGGGCUAGAGUGUCAAGACAGGCUGACGUCCCAUUGACUGAGGUCUUGCUGUGUUUGUCCAGCCUGAGACCUUUUUCAAUGGCUGUUUGUCCUUCCUCACUAAAUUUAGGGUCAAUGCUAGGUGGAUUGCCUGUUUGGCUGUUCCACUGCCUUCAGUCUGGCCUAGUGGAUGCUGCAGAGGUCUUCAGAACGCUUCCAAGGAUAUAUGGCUGCCGAAUGCCUGGGAGCUGCAGCCACUGACAAUCUUGAGAACUUUUCAACUACAACUAACAGGCAACUUGGUACCAAAUAACAACAACAACAGCAACAAAAUGACACAUUUUUAACCUAGUGGAUUUAACAUUAGCUUUGAAAAAUGAGGAGUCAGUGAUAGCUCUCAAGUUGGUCUAGAAGUGGGGGUGGGACAUGUGAGACUAAAGAAUUAUUCAUUACUACAGACAGAACAGGAUUUGGAAAUCUGCAAGCUUCUUCAGCCCAACAGUAUAACUAAGCAUAAUUGCACACCCCUAGAGAACAGAGGGCCCUCCCUGCCACCCCUCACCAAAAGUAAAUAACUGACUUGAAGAAAUAAUGGGGUUUUCUGAAACAUAAUUUCAAAUUCUAGAAGCCACAGAUUUUUGGACAUUGAAUGAAUGCUUCUACCUACAAGGCAGAAAAAUGAACGAUAAAAAUUAUAACUGUGAAAUUAGGAUUUUUCAAUGUUUUUGUUACCAACCCAUAUGUUUUUACAAGAAACAAGAGUAAUCCCUAGAAAUCUUUUUUCCCCCUUGUGUUUCCAAAUUUGAAAACAAUCAAAGAAAGGCUAAAAGAUUGUUUUCAAACUAACAUCUUUCUUUCAUACACUCAGGCCACAGAUUUUUGCCACAGAGACAUGUAUGGUAGUGUUUUAUUCAGUUCUUUUCUUCUCAAGCAGGCUCAAACUCAGAAAAUGAAAUACAAGUCUUCCUUGGUGAUGAGGAAACGAUUGCGGCUUUACAGAAACACCCUGAAAGAAUCAAGUAGCAGCUGUGGACACCAUGGGCCCCAGCUCGCCGCCGCCGCCGCCGCCGCCGCCGCCGCUUCGAACCCCUCGAUAUUUCCGGGCCUUCAUGAGCAACCUCCUCAGGCCUCCCACAACCGUCCUUUGAACGGACUCCUGCGUCUGGGGCUCCCUGGAGACAUGUAUGCGAGGUCGGAACCCUUUGCACCGGGGCCUACGGCCCGCAGCGACACUUUGGCAACAGCCACAGCCCUGCACGGCUAUGGCGGCAUGAACCUGACCGUGAACCUCGCCGCACCCCAUGGCCCUGGAGCCUUUUUCCGCUAUAUGCGCCAGUCCAUCAAACAGGAGCUCAUCUGCAAGUGGCUAGGCGGUGACGGCCCAGUAUCCCCGCGCCCCUGCUCCAAAACUUUCAGCACCAUGCACGAGCUGGUCACGCACGUCACCGUGGAGCACGUCGGUGGCCCAGAGCAGGCUAACCACAUUUGCUUCUGGGAGGAGUGUCCGCGACAGGGCAAGCCCUUCAAAGCCAAAUACAAACUUGUAAAUCACAUCCGCGUGCACACGGGCGAGAAGCCCUUCCCUUGUCCUUUCCCAGGGUGUGGGAAAGUCUUUGCUAGAUCAGAAAAUCUCAAAAUACACAAACGAACACAUACAGGCGAGAAGCCCUUCAGAUGUGAGUUCGAGGGCUGUGAGCGGCGUUUCGCCAACAGCAGCGACCGCAAGAAGCAUUCGCACGUACACACGAGCGACAAGCCUUACAUGUGCAAGGUGCGCGGGUGUGACAAGUGCUACACGCACCCCAGCUCUCUGCGGAAGCACAUGAAAGUUCACGGUCGCUCGCCGCCACCCAGCUCUGGCUACGACUCAGCAAUACCGUCCGCUCUCACGUCUCCCUCGUUAGAAAGCGGCCGUGAGCACCCGAUAGCCUGCGCAGCGGCGGUGGCGGUGCGUGGCACAGACAUGAGCGAAUGAUGUUGCUUGCAAGGUAAUCUUGCCCUGCGCAGCUGAGCGCCGGCAUCUUGCGCCUGCGACAUCAAAGGGCUCACUCACAAAGCAGUGUUUCUUCGCCACGGUGCAUCUUCAUGGUAAGUUAGGAUUUCUAUGGCAAUGGGCAAGUCUCACUGAAAUCCUGAAAGGCCGAGCCUGGAGCCCGUCCAGGCUUUUCAUUAAGGACAUAAUAUUUACGUCUAACAGGCCUUUUUUCUUGUGUAUACAAGUAUAUAUUUUUGUUUGACGCGGACUAAAUCAUUUUCAUUUAAUUUCCGGUAAACAAAACCCACGCGAAUGGGCACUUGUUCCCGAUCAUAAUAAAAAUGGAUAAUAAUGCAAGGGAAGAAAAGGGCCGCUUGAAUCGCCGCUCAGCCUUCUUUGUUUCUGCUUUCUGCGGUGAUCAGAGGGCGUAUUUGGGUUUGAUGGCGAGUUUCUAAAGGCGAGGAAAUGGUUUGUAAGAGGGAAAAGAAAAGGAGAAAGGUCCAAUCAAGCUCGGGUUGUUCAAAGAGUCGGGUUUUGGGGUUGAAAGUGUGAGUUUGACGGUGCAUCAGCACGCCGCGUUAGGCUCGCCAUGGAAAUGCGCGCGGGGAGCGGCCGCUUCAAAGGCGGCACACUUCACUGCGGACACUCUAUUAAGAUACAUUUGCGCUGACCUUUGCUUUCACGCCAUUUAAUACUGUCACCGUGCUCUCCAGUAUAUACUUCCUCCCAGGACCUGUCUUGCCAGUGUUUAGGGGUUCACCCUGCACCCUGAUGUAGGGGGGCUUUGGUACCAGGGAUUCUUUCAAGAAAGGGAGGAGGAGCCGGACUCCCGAACAUCUUGACAGCGCCCAUAGGCCCUAGAGUCAGAGUAAAUGACUAGAGCAUCCUGAGAAACUUACCAAAGGAGCAUCCCCAGCUCGAGUGUCAGCAACACAGAGCCCAGUGGGGAGCUAGGACGAAGGUGGCCAACCUGGGAAGUACAGGGAGCUGUUAAGCACGCCUCAGGGACAGUUAGUUCCACUGCAUUCCCCAGAGGUGCUCUACUGCUUCCUCACCCUAGAAGUGUCGCAGCCCCUUAAACUUUUCCUCGGAUGUGCCACUGUGUGGUAGCCUUAGGUUUGGGAAGGCUUUGGACACAAACUGAAAAGCCCAAGGCCAAGGGGAUGGAGAAGAUGGCAGCAAAGUUAGAAGUCCAUGUUCUCUUAAUUGUCUUGUUGUUUAUUUUAUCCAAGUACCCUAGUGAAUAGGGGAAAAAUAAACACGGUGGAAAAAAAAAAUCAAACAGUAGCGUCUUCUUUAGUGCCUGUCCUUGUGGUUGAAUAAAAAGGAUGGUCUGCCUUCUAUUGAGCUGAGAAAUCUUUGAAGUGGGAGUUAUUAUCUGAGACAUUCUUGCUUGUCGUCCUAACAACGCUGAUGAAAUGUAAAAGGUUCUUUGUCAGCGAUUUGUUCUCCUCUCUGUCAAACUCACUUUGCCCCAUUGGUUUCAAACCAUUGCUAAAGAGAUAAAAUCAAAUGUCUUAAAAGAAAAAAAAAUCCCUACACUCCACCAGUAGAUAACUUUAGGGAUAAGUUUUGCUAAGAGGAAAAAAAACAAAAACAAAAAACAAAAGCACUGUGUAGUUUCAGUCUUGGUGAUGUGUGUAGAUGUUGGAAGACCCUUUGCACAAACACUGGUAUAUUAGGUAAUGCGAGAAGGUAGAGGCAGAGGGUAUGUGUCCCAAGUCUAUGCUCUUGUGUUUAUGCUUUCUGUCCUGGUCUGCAUCUCAUCAGCCCAGGUUUACUAAACUGGAUGGAUUCUCUUGGAGAUCUCUCAGGCUCCAAAUAUUCCUACCUGGGGUUCUUGGAACUUAAGCUUGCCAAUAAGUGAUGGAUGCUUAAGUUUUCCCUUUUUCAAAGAAACUUGUGCUAUAACUAGAUCUGUUGUGUUUCCUCACCACUAGCAGCAAUCAGCACACACUUUCUGUCAUUAAUCUAAAGGAUGGUAGCAUAAGCAAGAGAAACAUUUUAAUAUUUCCUUUAUUAUUACUGUUAUCUUGGAGUCCAGAAAGUUUGGUUUACAAGAUAGUGACCAAAAAGUGCAUGCACAUGCCAACCCCUUCCCCUGUGUGCAGUUCUUCAUUUUAUAUUGUGCCUAGAAAAGAAACUUUGCCCCUGUUCAGAUCUUCUUAACUCCCUACUGUAGUUCUAAAGGUGAUUUAAAUAAGAUUGUGCCCAUCCCCCUACCCUAUGUGCUUACUGAAUGAUUUGUGAAGACCUUUCCCCAAGUUGUAACCCAUGUGAUCGGUUAUAGUUGCUGCAAAAUGUCUCUUAUAUUGAUGUUGUUUGUUUACUUGAUUCUCCAUAUGUCUGUAUUGCUAAUUUAUGGGAGAAUAUAAUGAUUGCAAUGGAUGUGAAUUAAACAGUCAGGCAAGUAUUUUAUAAUCAUCACUAACAUAUACACAGGUCUGAGUCAACCCUUAGAUUAUUGGUACCUUGUCUAUCCACAUUGUGAUCUGAAAAAUCUCUCCCCUUAACAGCAGUUAAAUUAUGAACUAACCUGAAAGAAAAAAGUUGUUGUGUGUAUUUGACAGUGAUUGUUCAAUAAAAACAAAGUUGAAAGCUGAGGCUUUUCAAGGUUUUCAACCUUCUUGAAAACAUGUACAUGUAAGUUAAAUAAAAUGAGUUUUUUCCCUCCAAAAGUCUUUGUGUACAUGUGCCUUCUCUUUGCUGUGUAAUUUGGA